AGCUGUUCGCGGUCCGGUGCGGGGACGGGUCAGAGGACACAAUCUUGUUUCACGGCGUGCCACACUCAUGCGUUCUCAGCCGAAGAGCGGGUGACACUUCCUCCGACACCUCAGGUGGUCUAUGUGCCGAUACCUGUUCCUCGUAAUCAGAGAAGGCCAGCGAGCACAAGGGGGCUUCGUGGCCGUGGGGCCCUACGGAAUCAAGGACAACGGAACAGUACUCGUGGACUCGGGAGCCACCCAAAUUUCAAGAAUCGUCCCACAUCCGCCUUCGGUAGAGGUGGCCAAGCACGAGGUGGAACGACUCUUAGGAAAACUCGCUAUCCGCAGAGACCCAAAAAGUCGAUUAGUCAGCUAGAUCGAGAACUGGAGGAUUACAUGAGGAAAUCGAGACAUCCCAAAAUUGUUAUUUAG